AUGGAUUAUGAUUAUUUAUUAAAAUUUCUUGCAUUGGGUGAUUCGGGAGUAGGGAAAACAAGUUUUCUUUAUCAAUACACUGACGGUACGUUCAAUCACAAAUUUAUAUCAACCGUUGGUAUAGAUUUCCGUGAAAAAAGAUUAGCAUAUAAAAUACAAGGAAGGAGUUACAGGGUUCAUUUACAAUUAUGGGACACUGCUGGACAAGAACGAUUUCGGAGUUUAACACGAACAUUCUACAGGGAUGCCAUGGGUUUUUUAUUAUUAUUCGAUUUAACUAACGAACAGUCUUUUUUGGAAAUCAGAAACUGGUUGGACCAAUUAAGGACUCAUGCCUAUUGCGAUCAACCCGAUGUUGUUUUAUGUGGGAACAAAUGCGAUUUAGAAGAGAAAAGAGUAAUAAGCGAGGAAAGAGCAAAAGAUGUCGCUCAACAACACGGACUAGAAUAUUUAGAAACGAGUGCAGCGACAGGUCACAAUGUUGCCAAAGCAAUCGAUUUACUAUUAGAUUUGGUUAUGAAAAGAAUGGAUUCCGCAGUCGACAAAGCAAUAUUACCAGGGUUCAAAGAUAAAUCGAAAAAAGGACCCAUAUUAAAUAAUUUUGGGGGUACAAGCGGAUUACAAAGAAAAUGUUAUUGUUGA